CGCACGCGGAACUUUCGUUUCCGACUUGUUGACGACCGGAGUGUUUAGGUGUUACACCCCACAAGCUUCCCCUGAAACAAGCGAACUCAUUCAAGGGUUUCUGAUUGGAGGUCCUGUGUUAAACGUUCAAAUAUGUUUUUGACAAGAUCGGAGUAUGACAGAGGUGUGAACACAUUCUCACCUGAAGGAAGGUUGUUCCAGGUUGAAUAUGCCAUCGAGGCAAUAAAGUUGGGCUCCACAGCUAUUGGUAUCCAGACAUCCGAGGGGGUGUGUCUGGCUGUGGAGAAGAGGAUCACCUCCCCACUGAUGGAACCCAACAGCAUUGAAAAGAUCGUGGAGAUUGACACUCACAUCGGUUGUGCCAUGAGUGGCUUGAUAGCUGAUGCCAAGACUCUAAUCGACAAAGCAAGAGUGGAAACACAGAACCACUGGUUUACUUACAACGAGACUAUGACAGUGGAGAGUGUGACUCAGGCUGUGUCCAACCUGGCGCUGCAGUUUGGAGAGGAGGAUGCUGAUCCCGGUGCCAUGAGUCGACCAUUUGGUGUAGCACUUCUGUUUGGAGGAGUUGACGAAAAAGGACCCCAGCUGUACCACAUGGACCCAUCAGGAACCUUUGUGCAGUGUGAUGCUCGGGCCAUCGGCUCAGCAUCUGAGGGAGCACAGAGCUCCCUGCAAGAGGUCUACCACAAGUCCAUGACAUUAAAAGAUGCCAUCAAGUCAUCUCUCACCAUUCUGAAGCAGGUGAUGGAGGAGAAGCUCAACGCCACCAACAUUGAGCUGGCAACAGUAGAGCCCGGGAAGACCUUCCAUAUGUAUUCCAAAGAGGAGCUGGAGGAUGUAAUCAAGGACAUCUAGAGCAGAAAAGACUUGAAAGUCUUGUUUUGAGUUCUGGGCAGGAGAGGACGUGGAAGUACACCUGGGCUGAAUGUCACAACACAAUUGCAUCUUUCCAUCAGCACAUUUUGUCCUGUCUGCAUUCAGACUAUUUUUGGAUUGCAUAAGAGGUUUCUCUUUGUAAUGUGCUAAUUUUUACUCCUUGUCUCUCAGUAUCUGUGCAACUCUGGACAGGGGUCUGACCAGCGCUUAAAACUGGGCGGCAGGAAAACGGUGUCGGGGAGGGGGGGUAUUUUUUGUUACGAAUCAGUACUGAAAUUAAACUUGUAUUCAGAAAGUC